AUGCGGAUCACAGCUGGCUGGUUCCCCCUGCUCCUGGUGCCGCUGGGCUGCUCUCACGACGUGCACUGGACGUACACAGGAGAGCUGGAUGAAGAGCACUGGGGAAAGCACUUUACAGACUGCGCUGGGAAGCACCAGUCUCCCAUUGACAUCCAGAGGAGAAAAGUGAGGUACAACCCCCAGUUACUGCAGCUGGAGCUGACUGGUUACGAUGGGCCUUUGCAAGGGGAUUUCACGAUGACCAACAACGGUCACUCGGUUCAGAUCGAUUUGCCACCCACCAUGCACAUCUCCGGAGGGCUCCCAGGUCCCUCCCCCGCCGUACAGAUGCACCUGCACUGGGGGGGCCUGGACCUGGAGACCAGCGGCUCCGAACACACCCUGGACGGGAUGAGAUACUUUGCAGAGCUGCACAUUGUCCAUUACAACUCUGCUGACUACUCAAGCUUUGAAGAAGCCAAAGACAAACCGAAUGGACUGGCUGUGCUUGCCUUCCUGUAUGCGGAUGGGCACUUUGAGAAUACUUACUACAGUGAAUUCAUUUCCAAACUGGCAAAAAUCAGGUUUGCAGGCCAAUCCACAAAGCUCAGCUCUCUGGAUAUCCAAGCCAUGCUGCCAGAAAACCUCUCACACUUCUACAGGUACCAGGGCUCGCUCACAACCCCGCCCUGCUCCGAGAGCAUCAUCUGGACCAUCUUCCGUUCUCCCAUUGUCCUCUCGCACACGCAGAUCAGCCUCCUGGAGAACACCUUGCUGGACUGGCACAACAGGACGCUGCGCAAUGACUACCGGCACGCUCAGCCCCUCAACGGGCGGGUGGUGGAGUCGUCCUUCAGAGCCCAACUCACCCAAGAACAAUGCCAUCCAGAAGAAUUCAACCUCAGGCUGGAACAAAUCCAGAUGCAGCUCCAAGACAUGAAGAGAGAGCUGCUGAACGGAGUGAGUCAUGUAGCAGGAAAUGUAACCGCUGCCUUUUUGGUUAUUUCAGGUACAAAAUCCCACACUUUUCCAGCUUUCUACUUCCCUGUGGAGAACAUUGAGAGUUUUGUGAAUGUCCAUCCCCUCCAUGAUAUGUCUCUCCAAGCCUUCACCUUGUGUUUCUGGACAAAAGCCCAGCACGCCGGCAGCCAGACGGUUCUUUCCUACGCCACCCAGGAGAGGGAUAACGAGCUGGUGGUGACGGUGGGCACAGAGGUGGGAUUGUGGAUAGGAGGCCACUUCAUCAGCUUCCCCCUCUACCACAAGGCAAAAGAUUGGCUACACUACUGCAUGGCAUGGGCCUCCCAGGCUGGAAUGGCAAAUCUAUGGCUCAAUGGAGCAGCUGGGAAAGCCAAGAGUAUCCAGAAGGGUUACGUGAGCCAGGCUGGAGGGACACUUGUCCUUGGGAAAGACAGAGACACUCUUCUUGGGACAUUCUCCAAUGGUUUUGCAGGGUGGAUGACCCAGGUGAACCUGUGGAGCCAAGUUCUCAGUCCUGCAGAAGUUCGGGCACUUGCACUGUGCAAACCAGGACAACUGAAGGGAGAUAUCAUUGCAUGGGGAGAAACCUCCAUGACCCUCUUUGGGGGGGUGGUUCUGGAGCCUGACACCAGCUGUCAGUGA